AAAUGAGUAAAUCACACAGCUAGAAGCACGACUAGUAUUUCACACCAGGGGGCAGAGCGAAGCGAAGCGAGGCGAGGCGAGGCGGUGUAACGCGCACACGGCUCUAUAACUUAUUCGCGAUCCUUUAACACGAAGCCCGUAACAUACAAGAAACGGCGUUAAACAUUACAUUACAUGCAGUAUAUUUAGCUGCGAAGUCGUUAAGCUCCCCCGCUGAGGUCGCGCGCCACACGGAACACCGCGAAAGUAUCGAACAGCGACGUGACGCCUCUGUGCGUCAUCCGGGCACGUGCUGUGCGGCAACGUCUCGGAUGAUGACGUACGCCGCUGUUGAAUUACUACUUGAACUGUAAGCAACAGUUUUUUCCGAAAAGAAAAAAAAAAACUUUUUUAUCCUUUUGCACAACAUGAAUAGGAAACUUUGUUCUACGUUCGUAGGCUUCGCAGUCCAGUUUCGUCGAGCUUGUGUGCUCAGCUGCCGUCUUCAUAAGCAACUACAUUGUGUGAGUGUGAGAAAGCAUCAUCACUGCACCAUGGUGGACUCCCAGUAUUACCUCCCCAAUGACAUUGGGAUCUCAGCUCUGGACUGUGCCGAGGCUUUCCGCCUUCUCUCGCCCAAGGAGAAGCUCUACGCUCAUUACCUCUCUCGGGCAGCCUGGUACGGAGGCUUGGUCGUGCUACUCCAGACCUCCUCUGAGUCGGCCUCCAUCUACGUCCUGUUGCAGAGGGUCUUCCGCCAGCAGUCACCUGCGCAGCUAGAGAGUGUUGCCAUGGAUGCAGGGCUCAGCCCAGAGGAGUAUCAGGCUUUCCUGGUGUAUGCUGCUGGCCUGUACGCUAACAUGGGUAACUACAAGUCUUUUGGUGAUACGAAGUUUGUUCCAAACCUCUCAAAGGAGAAGUUGAAAGCCUUGUUGUGGCAGAGUCAGGCUUUUAAGGACAGCCCCACGGAGAUGGAAGCUCUGUGGAAUAGCAGUGCUGACCUUAUCUAUUCUCUGGAGGACCGGCAGAAGCAGCUAGGACUAGGCGAUAAGGGAAUCACCACAUACUUCUCAGGGAACUGUUGCUUAGAAGAUGCAGAGCUGGCCCAGAAAUUUCUGGACUCUAAGAACCUGAGUGCCUACAAUACUCGGCUGUUUAAAAGAGAGGCUGUCGCCGGAAAAAAUUCUUAUGAAGUGCGCCUGGCUUCUUCUGUGCAGAAUGAUUGUGUGGUGGAUGGAGAGACGGACACUCGUUGUGGCAAGUAUGAGUUUGGAGAGGCCGUGUUCACAGUGCGGAGAGGCGACUACGCUCCGCUCAUGAAGAAAGUGAGCGAAAACUUGGAGAAAGCUCAGGCAUACGCUGCCAAUGAGAACCAGCGGCGGAUGUUGGAGGAGUAUGUGCGCAGUUUCACUUUCGGGUCUGUGGAGGCUCACAAGGAGGGCUCCCGGUACUGGAUUAAGGACAAAGGGCCCAUUGUGGAGAGUUACAUUGGAUUCAUCGAGAGUUACAGGGACCCGUUUGGAUCCAGAGGAGAAUUUGAAGGGUUUGUGGCGAUAGUGAACAAAGCCAUGAGCGCACGUUUCGGUCAGCUGGUGAGCUCAGCCGAGGUACUGCUUCCAGAACUGCCUUGGCCGUCGGCUUUUGAAAAAGACACCUUCCUGAAACCUGACUUCACGUCCUUGGAUGUGCUGACGUUUGCCGGCAGUGGCAUUCCGGCCGGCAUCAACAUUCCCAACUAUGAUGAUAUCCGACAAACGGAGGGCUUCAAGAAUGUGUCGCUGGGAAAUGUUCUUGCUGUGGCCUACGCAACACAGAAAGAGAAACUCACCUUCUUGGAUGAGAAGGACAAGGACUUGUACAUCAAGUGGAAAGGUCCAUCUUUUGAAGUUCAGGUGGGACUCCACGAGCUGCUGGGCCAUGGCAGCGGAAAGCUCUUUGUUCAGGACGAGAAGGGAAAUUUCAACUUUGAACGGCAAAACGUCCGCAAUCCUGAGACUGGAGAACUGAUAUCCAGCUGGUACAAAGGAAACGAGACGUGGGACAGCAAGUUUUCUACUAUUGCGUCUUCCUACGAGGAGUGCAGAGCCGAGUGCGUCGGACUCUACUUGUGCCUUAACAAGCAGGUGCUCAGCAUAUUUGGGCACGAGGGUGAGGACGCAGAGGACGUGGUGUAUGUGAACUGGCUCACCAUGGUGCGUGCUGGCCUCCUGGGCCUCGAGUUCUACACCCCAGACAGCCAAAGCUGGAGACAGGCCCAUAUGCAGGCACGUUUUGUCAUCUUGCGCGUGCUGCUUGAGACUGGAGAAGGCCUGGUCACGCUGCAGGAGACCACCGGAGCAGAUGGGCGGCCCGAUGCCCUUAUCACCCUGGACCGUGCAAAGAUUCACACUGUGGGCAAAAGUGCCAUCCAGAGGUUCCUCUGCAAACUGCAGGUUCAUAAGUCAACGGCCGAUGUGGAUGGGGGUAGAGCACUCUAUGACCGCUACUCAGCCGUAACCUCCUCGGGGUCACAUGACUUCCUGCGUUUGCGAGAGACUGUGCUUCUGCGGAAGGAAGAGCGCAAAAUGUUUGUUCAGGCCAACACUCGGAUCAACGGCGAGACCGUGGAGUUGGUGGAGUACGAGGGCAGCGCCACAGGGCUGAUCCGCUCCUUUGCCGAGAAGUUCCCUGAAGAUGCUGAGGAGGUUGAGUCCCAGCUGCUGGAACUAAGCAAGCAAGACGCCUCCUGCUGGUGCUGAACCCCCCCCCCCCCCCCGACACAUGUUGGUGUGCUGCGAUCCUCUGAAACACAGUACUACACUGUGGCACGUGCAAGACCACCACACUCUGGAUUAAUGAUCACCGUGAUGGAAACUUCUACACUUUCAUACCUGAACUCCUCACUCAUGCAAAUCCAACAACACCUGUUAACAAUUUCUCAAGAUUAUGUAAAAGUCUGGAUUAAAUUGCAGGCUUCUGUUUUUUUCAUUAAUCAUUGAUCUUGAAAUGAAUGCUUGGUCAGAGCACAGCACUGCUCUGAGUUACAUUUAAUCGCACACAACCCCCCAUUGCAGUGGAGAACAUGUAGCCCACAUUCACAAUGGAAAAACAGAAAUGGUGUGUGUCUGACUUUCUAAACUAAGCGCAAGCCUCUAAAGAAAUAUUUAACAUGAACACCAACAAUGGCACCAUAAAGUCACAGUAAGGUACAGUCAAUUUUAUUGUUUUCUCAACCAAACUGCCUCGCUCCGUCUUCGACCAGUUUGGUAAUGUUAUCUGAAGAGCGUUUUGGCUCUAAUGUUUUCGUGAAUUGGUUUAGGGUUAGUGGGUAAGAUUCCAGGCAUGUAAGGUACACCUGCUUAACUGUGCACCCAGUGCUUACUCUUAGUACUCCAGUUAGUAAUUUAAUACAGUAGUAGAUGCGGUAUUUUGGUGGGAUGACUAAUAAUGAGUGUGGUUUCCUCCAGUUAAUUUGAGAUAUUUCUCUAUUGUGUACAAAAUAUGUGAAAUGGGGCAUCACCAUUGAGGACAGACAAAGUGGUCAGCCAAGUGUAAUUAAGUUGCAAAAAAAAAAAAAAUCAGAGCCCUAAAAAAACAAUGUCUUCUCUUAAACAGUUUCAGGAAAUGGUUGCUCCAAUGUUUCCGUCUCUAGGGAUGUAGGGCUGUGCAGUAUGGAAUGUGUUUUGGUAUGUUUAGGGUCAGUGCGUGAGCACUUGUUGCAUGCUAAUUAAGACUUUCAAAUCAGGUUGUUUUCCUGUGCGGCAUCAUAAUGUUUUCCGAUCUGAUAAACGGUUUAAGGGGCUAGCUCAGACCAAAAUAAAGUGUUUUUU